CAGCCCAGUAGCUGCAAUACACACAGGACAACCAGAAGUAAGACUGGGAAUACAAAAAGGAGGCUUUUCCCUUGGAAGUAAGAAAGGAAGAGCUCCAGCACAGAAGCUUUGCUGCAGAGGCCAUGGGCUGCUGGAAGCAAGAGAAAACCAGCACCUGGUUUUUUCCCACCGUGAUCCUCUGCCUCUAUGGAUUCUUCUACAUGAUGAAACCAUCAGAACCUUUCCUAACACCCUAUCUAACAGGACCAGAUAAAAACCUGACCACAGAUGAGGUUACCAACCAGAUUUUUCCAGUCUGGACAUACUCCUACCUGGCUCUCCUUUUCCCAGUGUUCCUGCUCACAGACUACGUGCGCUACAAGCCCGUCCUCCUCCUGCAGGGCAUCAGCCUCAUCGUCACGUGGCUCCUGCUGCUCUUUGCACAUGGAGUGGCGGCCAUGCAGCUGGUGGAAUUCUUCUAUGGCAUGGUCACAGCCACCGAGGUGGCCUAUUAUGCCUACAUCUACAGCGUGGUCAGCACCCAACACUACCAGAGGGUCACCAGCUACUGCAGGAGCGUCACUCUGGUGGCAGCCACCGUGGCCGCCGUGCUGGGACAGCUGCUGGUGUCCUUAGCAGGCGUCUCCUACUUCUACCUCAACGCCAUCAGCUUGGCUUCCGUGUCCCUGGCAUUCCUGUGCGCGCUCUUCCUGCCCAUGCCCCAGAGGAGCAUGUUCUUCCACAGGAAAGAGGCCCCUGAGCCUGUGCCAGGGCCUGGCAAAGGGCUGGCUGUGGGCACUGCCCCCAGGCCCCAGAGCUGCCAAGAGGAAAGGAGCCCUGAUGCUGCUGCCAGGGCCCCGAGCCCCCAGCCCCAGGCUGGCAGUGCCGGGCCCCACAGGCACCUGCUGAGCGUGCUGCUGCAGCUGGGCAGGGACCUGAGGCACUGCUACAGCUCCCACAAGCUCCUCUGCUGGUCCCUGUGGUGGGCUCUGGCCACAGCCGGCUUCAACCAGGUGGUGAAUUAUGUCCAGGUGCUGUGGGACUUGCGAGCCCCCUCGCACAGCUCUGCAGUGUACAACGGAGCUGUGGAAGCCAUAGCAACGUUUCUGAGCUCAGUAACAUCUUUCCUAGUACAAUACAUGCAGAUUAACUGGGACAAUUUUGGAGAACUGGCUUUAGGGAUCUUCUCUGCAAUAGAUGCUGGUUGUCUGUUUCUCAUGCACUUCUCUACCAGCAUCUGGGCAUGUUAUGCUGGAUAUCUCAUUUUCAAGGCAUGCUAUGUUCUCCUCCUGACAAUAGCAACGUUCCAGAUCGCCGUCAAUCUGAGCAUGGAGCGCUAUGCCCUGAUGUUUGGAUUCAACAACUUCAUUGCCCUGCUGAUCCAGACCAUUCUCACAAUAGUUGUUGUAGAUUCAAGAGGCCUGGGACUGGACAUAGUGACUCAAUUUUUAAUUUAUGGCAGCUACUUCGCAGUCAUACAUGGGAUUUUCAUGAUCAGAAGCAUUUGUGUGCUGGUCUCAUGCAAAUGCCAAAGGAAAAUAGUGAGAUCUUGCACAGAGCAGCUGAACCAGGCUGAGCACGAGUCAAGAGAGCAGAUUGUCACAAGUUACAUGGCACGGCUGUAG